UCCACCAUCCAUUUCCACUUCCCCCAAACACGCAUAAGCACACUCUCUCCAUUUCCUCUUUGGUUGGAAGAGGAUAUGCUGCUAAGGAGAACAUCUAGUGUGUCGGGUAUGAACGUGGAAGGGUUACUACCGUGCGAUUCGCAGAAGAAUCCGGUGAUGAAGGAUCAGGAUACGUUGGCGGUCCCACAAGGCCCUGCCGAACAGGGGCCGAGUUGGUACGAUCACCGUCCGAUGGCGACGGUUUCACCCAGGUACCAUGGAAGGACUAGUGCAGGCGAUCAUACCCAUACAGAGACUAGUACCACUACUACGGCUCAUUUCUUGAGGACUUGUGGCCUCUGUAAGCGCCGUUUGGCUACGGGCCGUGAUAUCUAUAUGUACAGGGGUGAUACAGCAUUUUGUAGUCUAGAGUGCAGAGAACAACAGAUGAAGCUUGAUGAGAGAAAAGAGAAGCGCCCAGGCUGAGUCAAUCAGGGCCGUCCAUCACCACCUAUUUAAUAACUUAAUGGUCUUAUGAGAUCAUUAUUACUUAGUAUAAUAUUAUUAUUGUGCAUAAAUGUAUUAUAAAUGCAAGUGCGGUUAUAUCGUUUGCAUGCAAAUUAAUGGCCCCAAUUAAAUUAAAGCUAGCUCUCAAUAUAAACUUUUCGUGUGUUUACUGUUUUUCAA